CGGCUUGUGGUAGAAAGGAAGGACGGGGGAACCGCGGAGGGUAUCUCCCCGACGGAAGAAGUUUGGGCCUGCCGGCUCGCCGUCCCCGCCGCCGGUGGCCAUCUUGUGUGUGGUGGUGGCGGCGGCAGCGGCUGCGCUUCGCCGGCUCCAGGCCUCUCCUCGCCCGGUCGGAGUCGCCCGCUGUUGUGUGGGAAGCCGCGCCAUGUCCGCGGAGAGCCCGGAGCCCGCUUCGGCCGAGGAGCAGAAGGAAAUGGAAGACAAGGUGAUUAGCCCGGAGAAAGCUGAAGAAGCCAAGCUGAAGGCCAGAUAUCCGCAUCUGGGACAAAAGCCCGGGGGCUCGGAUUUCUUGAGAAAGAGGCUUCAGAAAGGACAAAAGUAUUUUGAUUCAGGGGAUUACAAUAUGGCCAAGGCGAAAAUGAAGAACAAGCAGCUUCCCACCGCAGCCCCUGACAAGACGGAAGUUACGGGGGACCAUAUCCCUACCCCACAGGACCUUCCUCAGCGAAAACCGUCUCUCGUUGCUAGCAAGCUGGCCGGUUGACCAGAAUCUCAGAACGGCAUGAAUUUUCUCAUUCCCGUAACCUUUCCUCAGUAGUUAUUUCUCACUUUUUGUUGGUUUUGUUUCCACUGAGUUGUUGACUGAUAGCUUUGCAGGUAGCGAUAGCCUGUGCUGCUAUUGUAAGAGAGUCCUGUUAAGAAUUAAGUCGAGUAGUCCUUGGAUGAGUCUAGAGCAAUGCACUGAUUUAAACAAAAAAAAAGGACACGUUUUGUUACAACAAUGUAAAGUUAAUCUACUUGAAAAUGUACAUAUUACCUAUUUGCUAGUGUAGGGCUGGUUCCAGCGAGUGACAUAAUGGCAAGUUUGACAAUUUUUAACGUUUCUGCUUUCCUAAGUUCACUUUAAUUACAGCAUCGUAUGUUUGUAUUGAAUACAACCCCCUGUGUUUCUUCUUGUGUUUUGGUUUUGUAUACUAGAGGUUUUAGACCACAAGUCGUUAGAAGGUAAAGCAUGUAUUUAAAAAAAGAGAGAGAGACGGGGCUCCGAUUUAAUUUGCGUAUCUGCUCUUGAACUUGAAUGGCCUUAACCCUAUUUCAGCUUUAACAAUAGAUUUUUUACUUGGGCAAUAUUUGCUCAUUUUUGGGUGUAAUUCUUGUGAACCUAGUGCUUAUUGACAACCGUCUGUUGAAGCUGGUAUUCCUUUGGAUUCCGUAGUGUAGAACACGUUCUUGCAGUGAAUGAAGUGUGCAUGUGCAUCGACUGAAUUCACUUUUGUGCCAUUUCUGUAAAUAAGAUAGUUUUGCACAACUUUUGCAAAUAUCUGUUAUCUCUACGUUUGGAAAAAAAUGUGCCAACUGGAAGCACAAGUUAUUCUGUACCUUUGAAAGUCAUAAUCCUCUCAGUCAGAACUAGCUUACUGAAAGUAACAGACUUGUAUGUGGAAGGUUUGGGGAACGCCUAAAGUACUAUUCAUUAAUAUACCCAUUUUUGGACGUAUCAGCAAUGACCUUCAGCAUCUGGUCCUAAGAUAGAAACACUUCAGGCUAAUGUAUCGAAAUUGUAAUUCAGCUUACUUUAAGGAUAACUGAGUGAAUUAAAGGCAGAUAUACCACAUGAAGUAGCUUGUAGAUCGCAGUGUAAGAUGUCUUAAGGCUAGCUAUAUUUGCUUUUCAAUAUCUUUGGGGGGGAAAAACUACACCUUUUAAGACUUGUUUGAACUACAGGAUGCUUUGGAAUGUGUAAGUAUGGAGGAAUCUGUGUUUUUAUGGAAGGUCUUUUGAUAUGUUAAGUACACCUGUGUGGUCAGAAGAAAUUCUAACUUUAAUUUGGAUGAAGAGGUGAAGGUAUUUUCAGGCGAUACUUAAGAAUUUCACAUACGCUAUAGUGACAAGCUAAUUCCUUGAAUCAGAUGAAAACAAUUAGAAAUGUUUUUUUGUCAAUGUAUAUUAUAGGUAGAUACUCCAAGAGGGAUUAUUCCUGUAAAGUGGACCUGUUUAAGAUUUAAGUGUAUGGCUAAAGUGGAUAUUUAACCAACUUGUUCAUAAUAAUCAGUUGAUGUCAAGGAUGGUAUUAGAGGAAUUCCCGAUUGCUUUUACCAAGCAUCUUCAUUUUGAGCAGUCCUGUUACUUCAGCUUCCAAGAGGAGCCAUAUUUAAGGUUGAAAUAUUCCUCUAAGAAGCACGCUAGAAUCAAUGCGGCUAAUAGUUACUAUGUUAGAGUAUGUUCUGACCAACAAUAGUAGGUGUUGUAACUAAAAGCCCUGAUUUUCAAAGGUACCGAGCAGCGCUAUCUCCAAUUCAUCCCGUCUGUUAAAAAAAUCUGAUCUUGUUUCUAUACCAAAAGUAAACAUGGUAUAACACACGGGUGAUAGAUUUUGGAGAUUAAUGUUACUUGUGAAGGGUUAUUUUAUUAUCGGGCUGUCUUACAGAAAGGAGAUGCCUUUAAAUUCUUGGACAUACCAACCUUUGUCUGUGGGUAGUGAUUCAGCAGGCCUCAUUUUUACUCUUAUCUCUCUGUAGCAUUUGAAAUUGACUCUCUUAGUUGCAAUUGACAACCACAACAAUUACACUUUGCUUUUAAAAAAUCAAGGGAGAAGGAUCCCAUUUACCAGAUCAGGAGCUCAGUGGUAAUAAAUGGGUUUCCUCGGAAGGUCAUCUUUAAAAAGUCAUAAUUUUAUUUUUGUACGGGUAGUAAGUUCAAAAGCUAAGCUUUGUAUGAAUUGAACUACUGUGGCCUAAACCUAGUAAUUCCUAACAGAAAACGAUUGUUUUCUGGUUGCUGUUGUACUGCAGGUGAAUAGUCAGGUUGAAUUAGUAUAAUAUGUAGGGAGGUAUAAAUAGCCAUGUAAACCUAAACAUUCCACCACUACCCCACCCCUGGUUAUAGUUUGCUGUUUUGCAUUAUUGAUGCCACUGUACAAAUUGACCAUUUCCCAUUACUGAAUUAAAAUAUUAAGGCUGUAAAGAAAACCUAAAUCGAUGAUGUGUAGGAAUAUAUACUUACAGUCCCAAACUGGUCUGGUCUGAUAGUGAGCCCAAAUUUCUGGAGAAACCUCAACGAUUUUGAAAGUCUGGUCAUCUACGCUGUUAAGGAUUCAAGGUGUUAGACCAACAAUCAUUUUAAUAAAAGACUGACUUACCACUUCCAGCUGACUCCCAUCAUGAUGAAGCUGUAAAGCCUAUGUACAUACUGUAUAAUAUGAGUUUUACUUUGAUAAACGACCUUUUUCAGAGAUCUAUCUGCACUAUAGUCGGGCAACCUCUCAGCUUUAUGCAGUGAUUAGUAGUGCUUAAGUAUGUCUACAAUGAAGACGGUAUCUAGCAGCCUGCUCCUUGAAUUUUCCCCAUUAGUUACAAGUGGAGUAAAUCAAGUGAUUCCUAAGUAUCCUUCCCUUUACUGCUGUCCCAUUACUUAUAGUUAGAGGAGAGAGUUUGUGCAGAGGCCACACAAAAAACUGUUUGGUUCGAUAUGUUGUCCCUUAAUGCAUUCCUGAUGCUGAACUGGUGAAAUUUUCAAUUGCUCCUUACCAACACACUGUAUAGUAUGCAUAAUAAAUUCAUCUAAUUAGU